AGUGGUGUAAUGUUAAGAGGUUCUGGGGUAUGCUGGGAUUUGCGAAACGCAGCACCUUACGAUGUUCAUGACCAAUUAGAUCCUGACAUACCAGUAGGUACCAGAGGAGAUUGCUAUGAUCGUUACUGUAUUGGUAUCGAAGAGAUGCGAAAACGUGUUCGGAUCAUUGUGCAAUGUCUUAAUCAAAUGCCUAGUGGCAUGAUCAAAGCCGAUGAUCGUAAGAUAUAUCCUCCAUCACGAUCUCGAAUGAAACUAUCCAUGGAAUCCUCAAUUCACCAUUUCGAACCUUAUACAGAAGGUUUUUCCAUACCAGCUCCUUCUACCUAUACCGCAGUUGAAGCACCUAAAGGAGAAUUUGGUGUCUUUCUGGUUAGUAAUGGAAGCAAUCGUCCCUACCAUCGUAAAAUAAGAGCACCUGGCUUUGCCCAUUCACAAGGACUCGAUUCUAUGUCCAAACAUCACAUGCCAGCAGAUGUGGUCACCAUCAUAGGUACUCAAGAUAUUGUGUCUGGAGAGGUGGAUAGAUAGGACUAGUAGUUGCUCGAUCAGGACCCUAUCUUUAUUGCAAGACAAAAACCAAAUUUAUACGCCCCCUUUCUUUAUUGUUGGAGAUUCUAUCCAAUUAUCAGCCCCGAUGCGGAAAAGAGUACAAAAAGAAGAGUUGAAGACGGCUUAACAGUAAGAGAGAACCCCCUCAUCUCAUGGCUAGGAACAUCUAUGUAGAUGGGAUUGGAUUCAUAGUGCCAGUUAGGGGUAGGUAUAAACCUUCAUUCAUCUUCUUCGAUCUUCCUUGGAAUAUCCAUCAUCUUGGUCUCGA